AUGUCUGUCCAGUCCUCGUGCUUUUCCAUUGCCGCCAGGAGCUUUACUAUCCGAGAAAUGCUCGAUAAUUUGCUUAUCAUGCGUCCAUCCUACUCCCGAUACUCAGACCAGGAGUCGCUUUCAAAACGCCUAAGAGUCAUAUCAGCUCUCACCGAAAUCGUACCAUCGCUACGCCGCUCAUUGAUAUUGAAUGGUGACAUCCCCCGCCGUGAUGCGGAGACUCUACAAACGUCCCAGGAAUUUCUUUGCUCAGCGAAAAUCCUUGUGCAGAUGGCAAUAUUGUCGGAUGAAGAAAGCACAGGCGUGCUCGAGACAAUCACACGAAUACUCCGUGAUUCGAAAUUGUUUGCAGUUCUAGGACCUGGUCGCCAUCACAUUGUAGAAUUCUAUUCUCACAUGGGAAACUCUUACAGUGCAAGUAAUAGGACCGUUUCACCCAAAGCGCGCGCCAUACGAAGUUCACCCGCCCUGAAACAGCUGGUGGAUUUUAUGUUCAGCAAAGAGUACCCUAAUUUUAAAGCUGUCUUUGAUCUCAUCUGUGGCAUUCUAGCGUUUGGACUCGAAAAGCACAUUCAAGUUCCAUCCGCGUACAACAUUUUGUAUGAUUUUUAA